AUGAUUGUGGCGCACGAUGAGCCAAUGGUCUCUGCGCCAGAUGUAGAGGCUGACGUAUUUCCCGUUGACCCGAUGGCACUAGCUGAUGUAGAGGACACUAGGGCAGACAUUCCUGCAGACACAGGCACGCAGGUUGCUGAGGAUGAGCAUGAGGGAUUUCCGGGUGGUCCGAGCGACCCUUCCGUGCUGACCCAGUAUGCGGAUCACGUUGCUUGCAGCGAGCGUCCUGAGUUGAAGUUAUCCUCUCACAGGUGGAAGGUCCAUAGUUUAGGCAGGCCUGUCCCUGCCAUUGAGGGACUAGUUUCUGGGACAGGACUAAGUCCUCUAAUCAUGUGUUCGGUAGACACUAGCGAUCAGGGACUUUUGUCCUCAUUUUUCGAGCGGUGGCACCGGGAGACGUCUAGUUUCCAUCUCCCUAUGGGAGAGUUGACGAUUACGCUGGAUGACGUCUCCUCGCUUCUGCAUUUGCCCGUGGUUGGCGACUUGCAUGCUUUUCAGCCCUUGCACAUGGAUGAUGCGGUUCAGAUGCUUGUGGACUUAUUGAUGGUCUUUGCAGAGGCUGCUAGGGCUGAGACAGGGCAGUGUCGUGGACCGUACGUACGCCUGCAAUGGGCCCUUCGUGACCUCAGUCAGACCGGGAGGUACGCAUGGGGAGUGGCUGCACUAGUGCAUAUGUACGACCAGCUGAACGAUGCCUCUAUCAGCAACAGCCGACAGCUUGGUGAUUACAUCACACUACUGCAGUGUUGGAUAUACGAGCACUUUUCCUCAGCCGCAGAGUCCACUGCUGAUCAGGACUACGACGAGGAUUCACCGCAUGCCUAUAGGUGGAUUGCGAAGAAGAAGACCGUGAAGAGCAUAUAUACACCGGCGUAUAGGGAGCACCUGGACCGACUCUGGAUUCCGGAUGUCUGUUGGAUCUCAUAUGGGGAGCACCGACCAGUCCGGGACUUCCAUUUGAUUUCAUGCUAUUCCGGUCUCCUGCGCUGGGGGCCUGUUGCUGUGUAUUACCGACUAGAGAGGGUCGUGUGA